AUGGCAGACAGCCUUCGUCGAUCUCACCAGUUUCAGUACCAGAAUUUAUCGGUUUGUGAAUCCAAUAGCAAAGUUUCAGAUGUAAAACGAACUUUCGAAGGUAAUGGCUGGAGAGAAGUGCUCCUUCCACUGGCAAGUCUUUUCAGAUGGGACAAGCCUUACUAUCCAGCAAUUAUUGUUGGUAUCACCACUUUUCUGUUUUCGAUUGUGUGGUACAUAGAGCUGUCUACCCUGACAACCGUAUCCCUGGCCUGUAUGAUUGCAGGAAUCUUCGACUUUAUUGUGCCUUUCAUGGGUGCUACUGUCACUGGAUACAAAACAUGGACAGAAGUUGAAGAAUCUGAAUUCAUCAGUAUCUGUGAAAAGAUUGCUUCUGCUCGUCAAAAUAUCCUGGAAGCCUGGCACAGUCUGACAGAAAUGAGGCAACAGAAUUCAAAAACAUUUUUCUUCGUUGUAAUGGGAGUUCUGACACUGACUGCCUGGGUUGGAAAUCUCAUCGACAACCUGUUCCUCACCUACAUUAUUGUAAACGGCAUUCUUCUGACCCCAGGCCUUCUUCACCAUAAGUUGACAGAUAAGUACUUGCAGCCGGUCAUGAAAAUUCUCCACAGGGUCAAAACUGGUGCACCAGAAAAGUCAAAGGUCAACUAG